AUGUCGACGGUGACAGCAAUUAACCUGGUGCUGCCUGAGAUUGAGGUGCAUUUGGACAGCUCCAGUACAGAUGGCCAACUGGUUCUGAACCCCAGGAGUACCCUGGUGGAUCCUGUGGUGAAGGUGGAGCUCGUGGGAAGAGGCUACCUGAGGUGGCUUGAGGAGGAUAAUUCUGAACUGGACUAUCACAAGAGCACGGCUUGCACCAACCAGGCUAUCUACGUCUCCAAAGCAAAGAAUUUCCUCAUAGAGGAUAGCAAGGACACCUUGGAUUCCGGGAGAAACAUCAAGGUUUUUAUGGCUGGCUGGCUGGAUUCUGGGGUCCACACUUUUGACUUCCACUUUAGCUUUCCUCCAAAUAUUCCCUCCGCAUUCACCGGCAAAAUUGCCUGCAUCUCCUACUUUGUUCAAGGGACUUGCUGCAGCUGCCAAAUUCAUUCAAAUGACACUUCAAUAUCUUCUGCCAUCUUUGUCCUAGGGCUUGCACCAAGAUGUUUCUUUUCUAGCAUACAAGGUGCAUUGAAAAACUUGUUUUGCCCCAGUGACACCAUUGUCUUCAUGACAGAUAUUGCCAACAGGACAUGCAAGUAUGUUAGAAAGGUCAUUUUUGCUGUACACUGCAUUGUCCUGCAUAGUGUCUUCAGCAGCAGGGGAGAGCAAUGCUCCUUGGAAGACCGAAGUGAAGUGACAAGGUUGGAAUCUCAGACAGACAUGGCUCCCUUUGAGGCCAUGAGAGUUACCAGUGUGCUGGUUCUGCCGAAACCCAUGCCUGUCACCAGCGCUCUCAUGGAAAAUAAAAUCUUGGCAUUCAGAUAUGAGCUGGUAGGCACCUCUGGCCUUCCUUGUACCACAUCCACCAUCGUGGGCAGGGUGCCCAUCAUUAUAGGAGCCACACCGGAGCAUUUCUCUGUGGAGCAGAACACCAUGACUCUGCAUGAAAAUGAAGGUGACAUCUCAAAGGGGGUGAGCCUUCACAGAGACAUUUCUGAGAUUGACCCAGGAGCAAUUGCCAGCAGAUCCACGGAAUAA